UAGCAAAGGUAAGUCACAACAGGACAUCAAAGAUUUUAUUUAGCUUUCACUGAUUACCAACAAACAAAUACUCUCACCACAACUUGAAGGACACCUAUUACAGACAUCAAGUUUAGGGGGCACUCACCAUGGACACCAACAUUCUAUAUUAUGUUUUACAAAACAUAGUUUUUGACCAGGGGCGGACAGACCAUUUGGAAACUCGGGCACUGCCCGAGGGCCCGGGGCCAGUAGGGGGCCCCAUGAGAUGCCCCUGGUACCUUUUUCAUAGGUUUUUUUGAGUUUGGGCAAGGACACAGGGGCCUCAUGAUCCCCUAUUGCCCGGGGGCCCCAU